CAGCUCCGACUGGGGUACAACUCCUCCUGCAACAACAACGACGACUGCCAACUACCGCUGACACCUGUGCUGCUGCAGCUACUACUGCUGCUGCAGUAGCAGCAGCAGCUUCUGCAAGAGCUACUGCUGCACUAGCAGCAGCGGGGGGCGGGGGGGGGGGGUAUCCAGCCCUGCGGACAGCGACCCCUGCGUGUUUGCGGAAACAUCCAGAGAGCCCCUUCGCGCUCCGCCCGUCGGGGUCUCGAGGUCGGGGUCUCGAGGUCGGGGCCAAGCUUCCUGGUGCCGACUCAGGCGGCGAUCGGGGCGACCGUCGGCUUGCCGGAGAUGGAGGUGGGGAAUGACCCGGCCCGGCCGGCCCUGGGUGAGCCCUUCAUGCAGUCGCCCAUCGCCCGCGCCCGCGUGUCCCCCCGCGGGCUUCGAGACGAGGCGGAGCGCCUCCUGAGGGACAAGCCGCUCGGGGCGCCUCAACGCCUCGCGGCGCAGCUCGCGGCGCUGGGCGGGCCGCUGUCGGAGCGGUACCAGCACGUGGACGUGGAGCGCCUCCUCCAGCCCAACGUGGGGCCGGGCGGCAGGGGCCUGAACGCCGUACUCACUGCCCUCUCUGUUCUGGAGAAGUAUGGCCGGAACCUCCUGAAGCCGGACAAGCCCGACUACUGGCAGACCGUCAAGUUUGACAACCCGGUGUUCAAAAACACGGUCGACUGCAUCAAGGGCUCGCGAGACGUCCUCACGAUGUUCGGCUACACCGAGCGGCAGGCCGACGGGUUGGCCUUCCCGGACACGCUCGGCGAGCCCGACGUGGAUCGCGUCGCCGCCGUCACUUUGGACAUCUACCUGGCGCGGUACGAGGUCGACAUGAUCUUGAAGGGAACUCACCCCAAGCCGGAGCUCUUCUCAUUCAUUUCGCAAGAAGAAAUUGAGAAGUCCAAAGUGGAAAUGCAGAAACAGGUGGCUAAGAUGACCCCUCCCACAAGACUGCAGCCCGGCCACCCUCCCGACACCAAGACUCCCGCAGGGGUGACGCGACCUGUAAUUCCACCGAAGCCAGCGGAGAGGGCAAAGGAUCUGGCCAGGAACCAGAGGGCAGAAGUCGAGAACCACGCUGUCCCCGCCGCCCCCACAGGGGUGACGCGACCUGCAAUUCCACCGAAGCCAGCGGAGAGGGCAAAGGAUCUGGCCAGGAACCAGAGGGCAGAAGUCGAGAACCACGCAGUCCCCGCCGCCCCCACAGACGAAUGCGCCAUUUGCGCGGAGCCUCCGGACGUGCGCUGCCCCACCUGCGACAAGUCGCUGUGCGCCGACUGCGACACCAAGAUGCACACGCACCCGUCCAGGGAGGCCCACGAGCGCGUCCCGCUGGCCUCGCCCGUCUCCAUGUGCGACAUCUGCGGAGGAGACGCCGUGAUGUCGUGCGUGUCCUGCGACAAGCGUCUGUGCACCGACUGCGACGGAAGCUUCCACAGGCAUCCGCGCCGCUUCGAGCACGAGCGGGUGAACCUCAAAACAGGAAGGAUCACCAAGCAGGUGACGAGCCCAGAGACGGAGGAGCGGCCGCCUUUCUUCAAGCCGAUCGUCCUCCGCCCUCUCUCCGUGCCGGCCGGCAGCGAGUGGGGGUGCCCGCGCUGCUCGGGCCGCAACCCCUCCUCCGUCUACAUCUGCAGGCACUGCCAGACGCCGCACCCGCCGCUGGACAUGAGGAGCCGUUCCUCGGACGCCGAGAUGACGUUCGAGGCGGGCGACGGCGCCGCCGCUCCGCCUCGACCGCCGGCGACGUGGGAGUGCUCCACGUGCACGCUGGUGAACCGGGCGUCCGCGGUGCUGUGCGGCGCCUGCAACAGGCCCCGGCAAGCCAACAAGCUCAAGCCGACGGUGCCGGAGGACGUGCCGCCGGCGAGGCCGCCGACGCCGCCCGCCGCGCCGCCGGGGAUGUGGCACUGCGAAGCCUGCACGAUGUUCAACGAGGCCAAGGCCAAGGUGUGCGUGGCCUGCGACCGUUCCAAGGGGGCCCGCGCGCCCCGGGCCGCGGUCGAUCGCCAACCGGGCGCCGACGUCGCCGUCGAGCGUCAGCGGCCGCCGGAGCCGCGCGGGCCGCAGCACGGCGACGCCCCGAUGCUGAUGGCACAGGAGCAGCGGCGCAAGAUCCUCCAGGAGGAGGAGAAGUCGAAGGGAAUCGAGUUGAUCCGGCUAAUCAGGAGCGGAGAGUGCCAGGGCUUCUCUGCGAACGAGGUGUACUGCAGCCUCCAGGCGUCGAGCCGCCCCAAAGCGCUCGAGUGGCUGAGCGGCGGCGGGUUGGACGAGUGUCUGGAAACCAUCGUGGCCAUGGCCGAGAACCUGCCGCACGCCGGUCACGGGGGCAGCCUCUCCCGGCAGGAGGCCGCGGAUGCGUGGAUCGCCGCCGACGGGAACAUCGAGGCGGCGGCCGAGGAGUGCUUGCGAGCGCGCAGAGUGAAGAUCGCCGAGAUCCUCCGGCUGGGCCGCUACGAGGUGGCGACCGUGGCUGAGAAGCUGAAGCUGAAUGGCGGGGACGUGGACAAGGCCCUCGUCGCGCUCCAGGGGGAACUCCUGCGGCCGUCGGUGGACCGGUGCUGGCACGCGCCAGCCGAGGACGCCGUUCUCCGCGACGGCGAUGACCAGAGAAAGCUGCGUUUCCUGCUGGCGCGCUACGAGCUGCAGAGCUGGGGCCGUGCCACGCUGGCGCUGAAGCUGCUGGCGGAGGAAAACGAGCAGUACCAGCUGGAGGACGUCGUGCGGGCCGUACGCGACUUCAACGACCUCGAGCGGGCGAGGCAGUACCUGAAGAGAGAGUGCCCCAUCUGCUGUAACUUCUUCCCCAUGCACGGCAUGGUGAACAUCAUCUUCUGCGAGUGCGCCGUGUGCGUGACGUGCUUCAAGACGAACUUCACCUUCACCAUCAAGGAGAAGAACAUUGCCAACCUGACGUGCCCCGUUUGCAAUGCUUCACACCAACCCGACGAGGAGAGCCGCACCACUUUCUUCUCCCUCCUGGACGAGCAGUUCAGGAAUUAUCUGGACCCGGAAGUCUUCCGGCUGUUUGAGAACAAAAUGAGAGACCGUGCUCUCUACAUGAUGCCCAACUUCCGCUGGUGUGCGCACUGUCCAAACGGAAGCAUCCACGACGCGCCGCGACUGCGCAUGGACUGCACCUACUGCAACAAGAGCACGUGCUCCAAGUGCAAGAAGCCGUGGGAGGUGCAGCACGAGGGCCUGACGUGCGAGGCGUUCCACAUGUGGAAGCUGGACAACGACCCCGAGAUGCAGGCGGCCGGCCUCGCGGCCUUCCUCAAGGAGAACGGCAUCGCGUGCCCCAAGUGCAAGUUCCGCUACGCCUUGGCCAAGGGCGGCUGCAUGCACUUCACGUGCGUGCAGUGCAAGCACGAGUUCUGCAGCGGCUGCUACAACCCCAUGUGCAGGGGCAUCGAGUGCGGCAUGGGCUGCGCCAACAUGGGACUGCACGCGCACCACCCGCGCGACUGCCUGCACUACCUGCGCGACUGGGACAUCAAGCGGCUGCAGGCGCUGCUCACGGACCACAACCUCGCUUUCAACGUGCAGCCCAGGCUCGGCACCGUCGCCAACACCGGACUCUGCGAGGUGUUGGAGCAGAAGGACUUGGCCAACGGGUUGCGCGACGAGGCGUGCGGCAAGGCGGUCGCCGACCGGCAGGCCGGCCUCUGCGAGCUGCACUACAAGGAGUACCUGGUGAAUCUCGUCAACGAGAACUCCGUGGACCCCGUGCACCGCUACGACAUCAACGAACUCCUGGCGGAGAUGAAUCGCAACGGCCGGGCCGAGCCGCCCCACGCCGCUAACGAGGACGACGCCCAAUACCAGCAGCGGCUGCUGCAGGAAAUCCUGGCCAAUAUCCCCCUGGUGAAGAGGGACUGAGGAGGAGGAGGAGGUGGUGGAGGGGGAGGGGUGGGGGGGAGUCGGUGAGGGGUGUGCCGGCGAGGCGCUGCCCGCGCCCUCCUUUGGGCGUGCAGAGCCCCCCCCCCCCACCGGGUCGUAUUCUCACUGCCAGGGUCACGGCGCUCCCUCUCGGGGAGUGUCUCACAUCCACGGGUUCUCCUUGCUCUCUUCGGGACGUUCAGCGGAGACGCCCGGCAGUGAGACGAGUGUCACGGUUGGAUCUGCGCCGGUACCUCUGGCCACCGAACACGGCACCGGCAUAGCCCUCGGUAGACGCUUGCUCUGCGGUUGCCCUUUGCCAGCUGACUAACAGGUUCACGGGUUCACAGUCGGAUCGGCAGGGUAACAGUUUGCCUCUACGAUGUAUUGUUGGGAUUGCACCGCGUUUUGUUUGGCACGGCGUCCCACGUUUUACUCCCGGCGCAUCAACGUCCAAACUGAGCGUGGCGGCGGGUGAACGGGGAUCUCUGACACAGCACUUGCAGCUCGCGGCACCUUCGCCUUCGCGAAGGCGCUUCCGCACGCACCCACGGUGCAAUAUUUGCACUCUCCGAUCACCGACCGGGUUUCCCGUGACGGCACCGAACGGGGCAACACCCUGACCCCGCGUAGUUAACCAGGCGUCGCCCGGUCACCUCCACGCACGCCGGACGCUGCGGUUGCCGCCACAGCGGCCGGCGGCUCCUCAUUGCUGCGGCCCCGUGGCGGCCAGGCAAUAACCAGGCCGGGGAGCGAGCGCGGAGACCGCGGGGCGAGCGACGUUUACUCUGCCCUGCUGUCUUCUGCUCGGUGUAAUUUAUGCAGCGUGACAUAAACGUCACGGUCUCUAAAUAAAACGAGCCCCUAGCGGGGCCUGGUUGCUUUCUGUUGAAUGUUAAUGGGUUGGGCGGUUCUUUAGCUGUGCUCUUCAGUGAACCAAAGGAGGUGAUGGUGGUGUUGGUGGUGGCGGUGUUUGUCGGCUAACCCAGGAUGCCUGGGGUCUGUCCCAUGGCGUCCUGCCGCCAGUGAGCCUUCGGCUUCAAAGUGCACGCCGCCUGCCACGUGAGGGCUGCGGUGAUGCCACCAUCACUUCAUGCGGUGUUUGUGGUCGCGAUGAUGAUUAUACGGCUGUUCGCGGACCUGAGAUCAGGAGUGAACGCAUUGGCCAAACGUACAAGCAGAAGCUUCCGGAAAAGGCUCGGUAAGACUUUCCUUGGCAAACUCCUCCACGACUCGUUAUAGACGCAUUCUGGCCAAGAUCUACACCGAAGACGAGUAUGAAUCUCCGCUAUAUAGUCUACACGGACUGUCGGGACAAGUGCUGUUAGUGAGCACUUGGGAAGGUCGGCACAGCGCAGGAGCGAGUGGGAUGUGGCCAGCUCCACGCCCGGCCGCCUUUAUCUCCCCGGUGCUGAUGUUCACACACCACCGGAUACUCAUUUAAGCCUGAGUCAACCUCGUGAGGCCCAGGACCGGUUCAGAGAUUUGUCACCGACGGUGGCCGGAAAUCGAACUCGGGUAGCCGGGGUCGAGGCACAGUGCGCCACUACCCACCACCACCACCACGCACCUUGUUACUGAAGAUGUGGGUGAUCAUGAAGGACAUCUUGUGUUCUAACGGGCAUUGGGCGAUCUGCUGUUCUAUAAUUUGAGCCAGUGGUGUUAUAUUCCACGUGUUUAUGGCAGGGAGAAGUCCGCUCAAAUAAAAUUGGGGGCGACGUAAA